CCCUCAUCCCUCCUCCACUUUUGUUGUUUCUUCUUCCUUCUUUUCUCUCGUCCCAUUACUUUCCUUCUCUCUCUCUCUCUCUCUUUCUUACCUAUCUACUCUUCUUUUCCAUCCCCUUUCCUCACUUCUUUUCCGUGCCUCUACAAGUCUCUCAAGCCUGUGCUAAUAAUUGCAAGGGGUGUUUGAAGCUGAAGGAGCCUUAUAAGAAUGCUUUAUCACACUAGUUUACUAUUACCCCUACUACUGGUGCUCUGGUGUUCUAGCACUAUCACUACUAGUACUGCUACUCAACAACAACAACAACAACAACAACAACGUCGAAAUGGCCGAAAUGGGUACAUUGUCGAACUUUUACGUCCCCCGAGCGAAUCAACAUUCUUUGACAGUGGCGACGGCGACCAACACUCUCCCAAUCGUAAAGUGGUGCGCUACACAUACGAUUCCGACCUGUUAUACGGUGCCUCGGUCGAAUUUGAUGAUUCCGCUUCCGCAAAGGCCGCACUUGCCCACCCAGAUAUAAUUAAUGCUUGGCCAAUCACACAUCAUUCACGACCAACCGGUAUCGUGGAUACAGCCGAAAAGGUUGUCGACAAAGCCAUGAGUUGGCGGGGAUACUCACCUGAACAAGUGCCAGUGCUGACCCGAAGCUACAACGAAGCAUACCGCGAACUUGGCGUCAAUGGAUCCAGCGUACGGGUUGGCGUCAUUGAUUCCGGUGUGGAUUAUCGCCACCCAGCACUUGGCGGAUGCUUUGGUUCCGGGUGUAAAAUAGAGUUCGGCUACGAUUUGGUUGGCGAUGCAUAUAACGGAACGCACGAAUCAAUUCAAGAGGACGACGAUCCGCUGGAUAACUGCCCCCCUACUGCAGUUGGUGCUACCGGCCAUGGCACCUUUGUGUCAGGAUUGAUCGGUGCCACAGAUACCCAACUUAACUGGACUGGUACAGCACCAGCAGCAACGUUAGGCAUGUGGAGAGUUUUCGGCUGCAACUCACAAAUUGCGACUACGGAUGUAUUCCUCAAGGCCAUGGAAAUGGCCUAUAAAGCCGACAUGGAUAUUCUCAAUCUAUCGUUUGGUCAAGAUGGUGGAUGGCACGAAGACGCUGUAUCUGUGUUUGCUGAUAGGCUCGUGUCACGAGGCGUGCAUGUGGUGGUUGCUAGUGGCAACAUUGGCACAAGCGGCAUCAUGCUGACAGCAUCUCCCGCAACAGGAAAUGGGGUCAUUGCUGUUAGUUCUUCCAUGAACAGUCAGCUGCCUGGAUUCGUCCUAGAGGUGACGAAAGAUAACACUGAUUUUCUUGAUAUCCCUUACCGCACCAUUGUCAAUCAGCCGAUUUCUUUCAACCAAACCUUACCGCUUAGAUCCAUCAACGACUCAUGUUCUCCUUUCGAUGACGGCCACAAGUACAAGGGCACUAUUACUGUGAUCCAUGCUAGUGGUGACUGCGACUUGAUGACAAAGCUGGACCAUGCCAAGAACGCCGAUGUUACGAUCGCUCUUGUGUACAUGGAUAGCACCGAGACGGUCGAGCCCGAUACGAGAACCGCUAAUGCUCAAUUACCUGUCGGAUUCAUCAAUGCGGUCGCUGCCGAGGCCAUUCUUAAACUGACCACUGCCUCAAAGAGCGACAGCAAAAAUGCUCAUAACGAUGAAAACGUUAAAGGCCAUUUUACGCGCUCGUUGGUUGCGCUCAAGUCUCCCAAAAAGGAAGCCAACCGGAUCGCCAGCUUUUCUUCACUUGGUCCUACAAAUGAACUUGUUCUGAAGCCCGAGUUGACUGCUACUGGCGGCGACAUGUUCUCGACCCUACCACUUUACAAGGGCGGUUAUGGCGUAUUGUCUGGCACUUCCAUGUCUGCACCCCUUAUCUCUGGUUCUAUUGCAUUGUUCUUGAGCGCUUUGGAUGAAAGCCAGCGCAAGAACCUGAGCCCCGAAGAUGUCAAGGGUGCCUUAAUGAACUUUGCCCGUCCAGUCGGCUCGCCGAUUUCACGGUUCCCUCAAUAUGGAGACUCACCUAUCCGCCAAGGCGCUGGCCUCGUUAGUGUCGUGCGCGCUAUUCAAGGAUAUGAACAGUUCCAUGUCUCACCCUCCAAGCUCAGCUUCAACGACACCGAGCAUUUCGUAGAGACACAGACACUUACUAUUCACAACCACGGCAGCAAGGACACAACGUUCAAUCUGGUGCACGGCCCUGCAUUGACUGUGGCAGGUUACAAUGUCAAAAACACAUCUGACUAUGUUCCACUCGAGCCCAUCAGCUUUGCCGUCCAGGAUAAGUCUGUCGCUACGAUUUCGUUCGAACAGCUACAAGUUCAGGUCCCUGCUGGUGACUCUGUGGAGGUUCAACUGACCUUGAAACCACCAUCCAAUUUUAACGCAAACUCGCAUGCCAUUUAUGGCGGUUAUAUUGGCGUUGAGACCGUCAACAAAACCACGUCUGCCUCUGUUCCAUACAUUGGCAUGGUCGGAAAUAUGUCUCGCCUACCUAUUUUGGAUCGCUCGUCCGAUGGCGUGUAUCCAUUCCCCAGCGUUGGUAAUCCAGACGGUACUAUUCUCAAGAACACCGAAACCGGCAAGUACAAGCCCGCUAAAUUCCUUCGGCCAACGGUUCUGGUGCGCUUGUUGACAGGCACGCCGCUUUUGGAUUUGGAGAUUGUGCAGGACGAUGAGGUAAUUGGAACCGUGCCAUUUGACGAGCUCGGUCCACUUAGCCGUGCAUGGCUGCCACGCAACACUCGUUCCAUGACGUCAAGUUCUACUGUGUUCCAUGAAUAUCAGUGGGAUGGUCAGUACCAGCCAGACAAGAUUAUCAGCAAAACGCAGUACGUGGAAACAGGGACUUAUCGUAUCCGUGUGCGCGCAUUGCAUGUCUUUGGCGAUCGUGACAAUGACGAAGAUUGGGACGAAUGGCUCUCGCCUCCGCUCUACAUGGAUAUGGAUGCAAGUGACGGUGACGAUGAUGACAACGGUAGUCUAUUGCCUACAGCUAGUAUUACUACUAGUGCACCCGGAGAGCAACCAUCAAACAGCUUUGCCAAUCAUCCCUCUGCAACUGAUUUUGCAGCAACUCCUACCCCUACGCCUUUUACGGACGAGGAAGAACCUGUGGUACCUUCAGGAACAGAAGGCUUCACAGUCUCUGUUAGUCCAGCCUAA